UUUAAACACUUCUCCUUUUUAUUUCCUCAUAUUCAGAAAAACAUCUCACAGUUCUCACUGACGAGACACAAUGCAUACAAUCAUAUUUCUGAUUAUAAUACUGAGCAGUGGACUUUGUCAUAAACGUGUCCAGCGAGGAUCUGACAUAACUUUGCAAUGUGAUGUCCCUCACAUUUCUGAAUCCUCAACAUUAAUGUGGAUUAAAGAAACAGACCAAACAUCAAACACAACAUUAUUGUACAACAACUCUGCAUACAUCAUCUUACACAAUGUUGAUGAAAACAGUGAAGGAAUAUACUAUUGUAUAUUACAGAAAGAUGGAAGAACAACAACUAUCAUUAAUCGCACACUUAGUGUCACUCUGUAUUCAGAAAGUAAAAAGCUUAUCAUUUACAGACAAAGCUCCAGUGACAGUGAUUUAUUACUCAUUUGCAAGUCUAAAAAGAAAUACCACAGGUUGAUGUGGACCUUUGAGUCGAGGCCUAAUUCAAAAUCCACAUUGAUAGCUGUAGAAAAAGGAGGAGAAGUUCAAGUUAAAGGGCCGAUCGAGCCAGGAGUAAAAACUUCUACCACAUACGACAGUCAAAUUUUUGUCCUACACAUCUCAUCUGUAGAGUUCCAGUAUAACGGAACAUACAAGUGUAUUGUGGAUGAUCAAAAUUCUUCCUACACAGCCACAAUCCUACGCACCAUUAGAGUCUAUGCAGAGCCCCCUGGUGGUCUGUUGAGAAAUCAGUCAGUUGUUCUUACCUGUGAGGUGUCUAAUGUGUCUGAUUCAGUGAAAUUGGUCUGGCUCAGGAUGCAGGGGAACAGAACAGUGCUGGUCAAACAGCAAAUGCUGAAUGAGAAGAAGACACUUCUCACAGUGAUUGUGAACAGCCUUCAGUCAGAUCUGCUGCACUGGCAGUGUGCUGUAUUUACUGAUAACACACUCAGAGCCGUGGCCCCUGUAACAAUCAAUCUCAUCUCAUCAGCUACAAAUGCUCCAAAAAUAUCAACAGAAACCUCCGCUUUACCAAACCAAGAAGACACCUUAACACAGGAGAGCCACAUACAGACCCUGAUCCUCGUGGCCUGUGCUGUCACUAUCAUUGUUCUGCUUUUCCUGGGACUACUGGUUUUUAAAUGUUGGCGAAAAACAUUUAUUAGUGGUCACGACACUGUGCUGAACUCCCAGAAGGAAGAGGAGGAACUUCAUUACGCUUCAGUGACUGUAACCGGAUGCAGUCAGGGAGCUGAGAGCUGGUCGAAACCCAAUGCAAGGUCAAAGGUGUCAGACAACAGUUCUACAGUCAUCUACUCUGCCAUUAAAAUACAAUGAGAGACAUGUUUCUCUGAAUUCUCGCUGUUUUUAUUCAUAAUUAUAUGGAUGACAAAAUGCACCUAACUGAUGAUAAAUUAUGUUCUGUAAAUAAAAGUAUGUAAAAUACAGCUAUUCAUUGAUUUGUUAUGUACUUAAAUACCACAUUAAUGAUCUCAUAUAAACAUAUAAAUAGCAUUAAGUCAAAUUUUGUCUUUUUCUAUGCAUGCUGUUGUAAGAGGCCUACUCUUUUAAAAGUUGUAUCUUAAUAUCUAUGUUGGCCAGCAGAACUGCUGUGGUCUGCUAUCAAAAUACUACGAGAUUCGACUGUCACACAAAUGACUUCUCGGAACUCACUGUAAAUUAACAUUGUUUUGAUUUGAAAUUGAAUGGAUAAGAAAAUGACUUACAAAGUACUAAUAAAUAAUUUUGUGUGACUAAAACAAUAUAAAUUCCAGAUAUUCCAGAUUUUUUUGCAGAUAAAAACAACAUUACUAAACCAUGUUUAAUCCUCAAAGUGCAUUUUGUGUUUGCUAAAUCAGUAAUGUUCUUUACAUAUGUAUGAACAUUUGGAUUAAACCUAUUUUAAGUACUGUAUAAUCACACUUCAAUCUGUUUGAUGCAUGCUAGUAAGAAACCUCAGUGGUUUCAUGACACAAGACUGUGUUAAAAUUAGAACUGUAUUUCCUGCUACGGAAAGAGUUUACACUAGCUAGAUCCAGCUUUGCAAAAAAACUUUAAACAUGUGAUCAGAAUGCACAAAAUAAUUGUGAUUAAAUUUCAAACUUGUUAUGAUAUUAUACUGUAUAAAAAAAUGAAAACUGUUAUGGCUCUGUAAAUGUAAGUCAUGAAAGAAGUCAAAUAAAUAUGUCCCAAUAUUA